CAGGUCCAGAGCCGCUGCACCAUGAGCGUGUCUGCACUGAGCCCCACCCGGCUCCCGGGCAGCCUCUCCGGGCUCCUCCAAGUGGCGGCCCUGCUGGGCCUGCUCCUGCUGCUGCUCAAGGCAGCUCAGCUCUACCUGCGCCGCCAGUGGCUGCUCAGAGCCCUCCAGCAGUUCCCGUGCCCGCCCUUCCACUGGCUCCUGGGGCACAGCCGAGAGUUCCAGAUGAACCAGGAGCUUCAACAGAUUCUGAAAUGGGUAGAGAAGUUCCCAAGAGCCUGUCCUCACUGGAUAGGGGGCAACAAAGUCCGAGUCCAGCUCUAUGACCCGGACUACAUGAAGGUGAUCCUGGGGAGAUCAGAUCCAAAGUCUCGUGGUUCCUACACAUUCGUGGCUCCCUGGAUUGGGUACGGUUUGCUCCUGCUGAACGGGCAGCCAUGGUUCCAGCACCGGCGCAUGCUCACCCCAGCCUUCCACUACGACAUCCUGAAGCCCUACGUGGGGCUCAUGGUGGACUCCGUCCAAAUCAUGCUGGACAAAUGGGAGCAGCUGGUCAGCCAGGACUCCUCCCUGGAGGUCUUCCAAGACAUCUCCCUGAUGACCCUGGACACCAUCAUGAAGUGCGCCUUCAGCUACCAGGGCAGCGUCCAGCUGGACAGCAGGAAUUCCCAGUCCUACAUCCAGGCUGUUGGGGACCUGAACAACUUGGUGUUUGCCCGGGUGAGGAACAUCUUUCACCAGAGCGACACCAUCUACAGGCUGAGCCCUGAAGGCCGCUUGUCCCACCGUGCCUGCCAGCUCGCCCAUGAGCACACAGACCGAGUGAUCCAGCAGAGGAAGGCUCAGCUGCAGCAGGAGGGGGAGCUGGAGAAGGUCAGGAGGAAGAGGCGCUUGGACUUCCUGGACGUCCUCCUCUUUGCCAAGAUGGAGAACGGGAGCAGCCUGUCCGACCAGGACCUCCGCGCCGAGGUGGACACGUUCAUGUUCGAGGGCCACGACACCACGGCCAGCGGCAUCUCCUGGAUCUUCUAUGCCCUGGCCACGCACCCCGAGCAUCAGCACCGGUGCCGCGAGGAGAUCCAGGGCCUCCUGGGGGACGGAGCCUCCAUCACCUGGGAGCACCUGGACCAGAUGCCCUACACCACCAUGUGCAUCAAGGAGGCGAUGAGACUCUACCCACCGGUGCCAGCUAUUAGUAGAGACCUCAGCUCACCUGUCACCUUCCCUGAUGGACGCUCCCUCCCCAAGGGUUUCACAGUCACACUCUCCAUUUAUGGCCUUCACCACAACCCGAAUGUGUGGCCAAACCCAGAGGUGUUCGACCCUUCCCGCUUCACACCAGGUUCUGCUCGCCACAGCCACGCUUUCCUGCCCUUCUCAGGGGGAGCACGGAACUGCAUUGGGAAGCAAUUUGCCAUGAACGAGCUGAAGGUGGCCGUGGCCCUGACCCUGCUGCGCUUCGAGCUGCUGCCGGAUCCCACCAGGAUCCCCAAGCCUACAGCACGACUUGUGCUGAAGUCCAACAACGGGAUCCACCUGCGUCUGAGGAAGCUCCAAUAACCCUGCUGGGGACACGGAUGAGAACUGGGAGCCUCCUGACUGAAUGCCCAUCUUCCUGCCCCAUUUUCCUGGGCUUUGCAUAUCUGACCGCAUCCUGCUUUCCAUAUGCCCACCUGAGCUUCUUCCACCUGAGUCUGCACAGCCUCCUAUCCUCCAGGUUGAUCCUCCAAGUUGCCAACGUGCUUGCCAGCCUACCUGCCUGCAUCCCUGAAUGUCCAUAUAACCUCAAUCACUGCCCACCCCUCAGCUUACUCUUCCUUCACCUGUUUCCCCCUUGUUCCUGCUUGUAUCUUCCUGGUUGUCUUUUCUACCACUGGUAUCAUCAAUUAUCACAACACCAUUGGCUCUCAGUGACGUAAAUUUAGUCUCCUGUGGUUUUGGAGAUCAUAAAUCUGGAAUGAGUUUUGCUGGUUCACAGCUAGUGUGUUGAAAAGACUCCAUGCCUCCAGGGCUCUGGGUGAGACUUUUCUUAAAUUUUCCUUUAUCCAGAGCUGCAUUCUUUGCAUCCCAUGGCUUCUGAAUCUUCCUUCUUAUUCAAAUACAGCAGCAUCUUCAAAUCUCUCUACUUCUGUCUUUGUACUAGCUUCUCCAUUCUAAGGAUGCUGGUAAUUACAUUAUGCAUCUCCUAGGACAAGGACUUAGAAAUCACUGGAAGACAUUUUUUUCUGCCCAGCACCAUCCCUUCCUCACUGCCAUGUGACAUAUCCAGCAAUAUCUUCCCUCCAUGGCGCAUGUCUUUAUUGCCGGCAUUCACACUAACCUCUCUGUGUAUUCUCUUCCCUGGAAUAAAAUCCCCAAGUUGUUUGUAACA